UUCUGACGUAGCGAACCAGAGACAACUCGAGCUGACUUCCUGCUUUGAGACUGCUCGAUAGUCUUCCACAUAUUUUCCAAAAAUUACUCUGAGCAGGACCUAACCAAUACCAACAAUGACUGAUGGAAGGAUCUACGUGGGAAAUCUUCCAAUGGACGUCCAGGAGAAGGACAUAGAGGAUCUCUUCUUCAAAUAUGGAAAAAUCCGGGAUAUCGAACUAAAGAAUAACAGGGGAACCAUCCCUUUUGCUUUUGUUCGCUUCGAUGAUCCACGGGAUGCGGAAGACGCGGUCUAUGGAAGGAAUGGAUAUGGAUUCGGAGACUCCAAGCUGCGUGUAGAAUACCCUCGCUCCUCUGGCGCCAAAUUUAGUGGCCCUAUGGGAGGAGGAGAAGGAGGGGGUCCUAGGGGGAGGUUUGGGCCCCCAACUCGGAGAUCUGAGUUCCGGGUGAUAGUGACUGGCUUGCCCCAAACCGGGAGCUGGCAGGAUCUGAAAGACCACAUGCGUGAGGCGGGGGAUGUUUGUUUUGCCGACGUGCAGCGAGAUGGUGAAGGAGUGGUGGAGUUUGUUCGUCGGGAGGACAUGGAAUACGCCCUGCGCAGACUGGACAGGACUGAGUUCCGUUCCCAUCAGGGGGAGACGGCGAACAUUCGUGUCCACGGAGAACGUGGUGCCAGUUACGGUCGCUCGCGGUCUCGCUCCAGAUCCCCCCGAGGGCGUGGCUACUCACCACCUCCUUACCAAAGCAGAGGGUCCACUCCACAGCGCUACCAGUCACCCCCACGCCGCCUUGUGUCCCGCCAUAGCCCCCCAGCGAGGCGACACCCAGUACCGUACCAUAGCCCGCCCCCACGCCACUAUCGAUAGACCAGCCGGCCAUUGCACAAGAGGGCACUGAUGAUUAGGGGCAGUUUAAUUAUUAUUUUUAUCCCAGAUCUCAAAUAAUUGUCCCCCUUUUGCUUGCUAUGUACAUUCCUUUAUCAGUCACCCCUGCCCUCCUGUUGGCCUUAAUAUUGUUGAUUUCCUUAAGCUUCAGCUCCCCAUGUCAGGUCACUAGUCAGCUCAGUUCUGAUGUCUGGUGAGACCAUUUGUUAACAUGCCAAUUAACUGGUCUUGCUGCUCAAGUACAUGUAUGAACAUUAUCAGUUUGAUGAACACUGCCCUGAGAAGUGCGACACCCAACAAAAACUAAAUGUGAACAUCUGCCUGCAUCGUCUAUUCCUUUUAAAUGAAUUGUAAGUGUGUGUGUGAACCUCUAAGAAUGAAUGAAUACAUUUGGAAAUUGAUUGUAAUCUGGUAAACCUCUGUGAAAAUCCCAUGUUUUAUUUUAAAGAAAUAUUGAACUUUAGCCAGUUCAUUCCUCUGUUUUUGUAACCUGUGGUGUCUAUAUGCAAGCAUUUUGUUUUCAAUUAAAACACAAACAAACCCAACACCUGUA